GCUUUGCCGUCACACAUUAAAAUAACCGUGACACGACAGACGCUCUUCGAAGAUUCAUACCACCAAAUUAUGCGUUUGCCUGCCUAUGAGCUGCGACGUCGCCUCUACAUCAUUUUCCGUGGUGAGGAGGGUCUCGACUAUGGUGGUGUGUCGCGUGAAUGGUUCUUUUUGCUAUCACAUGAGGUGCUCAAUCCCAUGUAUUGUCUCUUCGAGUACGCCAACAAAAACAACUAUAGUUUGCAAAUCAAUCCGGCCUCGUAUGUGAAUCCAGAUCACUUGCAGUAUUUCAAAUUUAUUGGCCGUUUCAUAGCGAUGGCAUUGUAUCAUGGUCGUUUUAUAUAUUCCGGAUUCACAAUGCCCUUCUACAAGCGUAUGUUGAACAAGAAAUUAACUAUAAAAGACAUUGAAACCAUCGAUCCGGAGUUUUAUAAUUCGCUUAUUUGGGUGCGUGACAAUAAUAUUGACGAGUGUGGAUUGGAGCUUUGGUUUAGCGUCGACUUUGAGGUGCUUGGACAGAUAAUACAUCAUGAAUUGAAUGAAAAUGGCGAAAAAGAACGAGUGACGGAGGAGAAUAAAGAGGAAUAUAUAACACUCAUGACUGAAUGGCGGAUGACGAGAGGUAUUGAGCAGCAGACAAAAACGUUCCUGGAAGGCUUCAACGAGGUUGUGCCGCUCGAAUGGCUUAAGUAUUUCGACGAACGUGAAUUGGAGCUCAUAUUGUGCGGCAUGCAAGAUGUAGAUGUAGAUGAUUGGCAACGGAAUACGAUUUACAGGCAUUACAAUCGCAACUCCAAGCAAGUGAUGUGGUUCUGGCAGUUUGUGCGCGAUACGGACAAUGAAAAGCGUGCACGCUUGUUGCAAUUUGUUACGGGUACGUGUCGUGUGCCCGUCGGCGGUUUCGCUGAGUUAAUGGGCUCCAAUGGACCACAACGCUUUUGCAUUGAAAAAGUGGGCAAAGAAACAUGGUUGCCGUGUUCGCAUACCUGCUUCAAUCGGUUGGACUUGCCGCCGUAUAAGAGUUACGAUCAGCUAGUGGAGAAAUUGACAUUUGCCAUUGAAGAGACUGAAGGCUUCUGCCAGGAGUAGAGCGGAAAGCGGCGAUUAGUGAACAUUGUGUACAAGGGAGCAAAGACGACGCCGAAGUAGUUGUGGGCGGCGCUCUUGUUGAGUGUGUGGUGUAAUUGGCAACCAAAUAAAGGUAGCUGGAAAGAAAAAGUUAUAUUUAUGUUUAAUGUUAUGUUGUAAUUGUUAUGCAACGAAAUUCGCGCGAACUAAUGUAUGUAGUGUUACGGACAUUUUUAUAGUUUAGUUGGU